AUGGCCGGUCUUAAUGAAGUAGAAAGGAAUUAUUUUAGAUGGAAGAUGGUAUCCAGAAAAAAGGAAAGGCACCAAGUAGAAUGUAAAGAAGGAUUAAAUAUAAAGUAUACAAAAGAGUGGCUAACAAAAAAUCAGUUGGUGUUAACAAAAGCUGACAGAACCAAGCAAAUGGUGAUUAUGGAAAGAGGAAGGUAUAAUGAAGCCAUUAAGGACUAUAUUAAGAAAACUGAAUGUGACAUCAUAGACGAAAAGAUUGUAACGGUAACGAGCAACAGGGUUAAAAAGCUUGAAAAAACAUCGCUCGCAAAACACAUGACGUUAUUAAAAGAGUCGCAUACCCCUUGCCCCCGAAUACCCAGAAUAUUUGCGUUCGCAAAAACCUACAAUGAAAACAAGGAAAUUAGACCGGUAGUUGAAAAAUGUAGUGCAUCUACUUUUAUACUUGAGAGGAGAUUAAAAAGGUAUAUCUAUGAAGACUUGGAGGAUAAUAUGUUUCUGGAUUAUGAUCCAAAUAAGUUAGUAAAAGAGUUACAGGAGUUGGUUUUAAUGAAUAAUGAGAUGGGAACGGUAACGGAUUUUAAAAGCAUGUACCCUUCCAUGAAUCUAACGUCGUGUUUCAAUGCUCUUAUUGAGUUUAUAGUACAACAUAAUCCAGGGUUAUUAGCGUAUAUGAAGGACUUAUAUAAGCUAGCGGAUUUAAUGUGUUACCGAUCCUUUUUUGCGUUCAAUGGGAUAGUGUACAAACAAAGAAAAGGAGUCCCAAUGGGUAGUCCCAUGUCGGGACUCUUGUGCGAAUUAGUGGUGUGUCAACUUGAAAAAAAGGUCCUAGGAAAAUCCAUAGAAGACAUUAUAUUAUACAAAAGAUAUGUAGAUGACGUUUUGAUAAUUUGGAAGAAUGAACGAAGAAUUAAAAAAUUUUUAACUAUGAUAAAUAGCAAUUAUCAUGGGUUAAAGCUAAAACUGGAACAGAAAAGCCAUACGCAGAUCCAUUUUUUGGACAUUGACAUAAAGUUUAAGCAAAAAUGUGUACAAACGGCGGUGUAUUUAAAACUCACACAUGUUCCUGUAUAUAUUCCAGUAUGGUCUAAUGAUAUGUUCAGAUACAAGAUGGCAUCGUUUAAGGCGUUUAUAAAAAGAGCAUCCUUAUAUUGCACCAACAUACAAUAUCCACUUAACGAGAUUAACAGGAUCAAGAAGGUUGCAAAAAGUUUAGGAUACAAAACGUCUACAAUUUACGGAUUGGUCAAGGGUUACAAACAAACAAACAAGGGACAAGCAAACGGGAUGUUAGAAAAAAUAGAUUUAAUACAUUUACAUAUAACAAGAAUGUAG